CACCGCCAUACUCCUGCGCACGCCCUUGAUAAUACCUUCUCGACGACCUGCUCGCAGGAAAUUGUGUACAUACACGAAUCGCCUCACUCUCAAUCUCAAGUGUAACCCUCCGCUGCCGUUACCAAGUCGACUGCACGUGGUGCGGGGAGCAAACUCGGAUUCAAGGUCGCGCCUUUUCUAUCUCCGCUGUCGCAAACCACAAGCAUUCAAGCACACAUUGAACCCGCGCGCCGGCCAAAAUGCCUCUCGACACAUCUACAACAUAUCCUCUCACCAAACUCCGCCUGGAUGGCCGUCGCUGGAACGAGCUGCGGCUCCUCCAGGCCCAGAUUUCCACCAACCCCGCCAGUUCCGGAUCUUCAUAUCUAGCGAUGGGCAACACGGCCAUCAUCUGCUCGGUCCACGGUCCUGCCGAGGGACGUCGGGGUGAUGCAUCUGGAGGGUCUGCAGGCUCUGCGGGGGCGGUGGUUGAGGUGGACGUGAACGUUGCAGGGUUUGCGGGCGUGGAUCGCAAACGCAGGGCGGGUGGCAGUGACAAACAAUCAUCGCGCAUUGCUACUAUUCUACGCUCCGCCUUCCAGUCGCACCUCCACACGUACCUCUACCCGCACAGCACGAUCAGCAUCCACGUCUCGGUGCUGUCGGCGGACGGCUCCCUCCUGGCGGCGGCCGUCAACGCAUGCACACUUGCGCUCGUGGAUGCCGGUAUCCCGAUGCCGGGGCUGCUGUGUGCUUGUACGGCGGGCAUGAGCGGCAGCGCUUCUACGCCGCGCGACCCGAACAACGAUUUCCUGGAUCCGCUGCUGGAUCUGUCGCUGCCGGAGGAGCAGGAGCUGCCGUUCCUUACGGUGGGGACUACGACGGCCGUGCCGGUGGGGGAGGCGGCGAUGAUUAACGACGACGAGGAUGAGAUGAAGGUGUCGAUGUUGACGAUGGACUCGAAGGUGCACUGCACCUAUGUGGAGACGAUGCUGGCGGUGGGCAUCGACGGCUGCAAGCAAAUCCGGGAGAUCCUGGAGGGUGUGAUCAAGAAGUCCGCCCGUCGGUGAUGAUGUGUAUCUCAGGUUAGGUUGGUUUCGCACCGAAAAGGAAAAGCAUGGCAGGCGAAAUUUCUGUAUAUACCCCGUGAAUUGAGUGCCAUGGGCGGUGUUGGGCGUGUCGUGUUAUUUGCUUAGGGACUUCCCAUCCACUUUUCUUUCCAAC